ACUAGUAUAUAGGUGUUCAUUGAUUUCUUCAGUUGUGUAUGUAAAACGUAUUUUGUUUCAUCAUAUAUGUAUGUUUUCUAAUUGUUACGUUUGGUGAUACUCGUCGUGUAUGUAUGUAUAUGUAUAUAUCUAUCAGUACUUACCUGUAUAUAUACAAUAAUGUAUAUGUAUAUACGUAUUUACGCAUGUUGAUCGACAUGAAAAGCAUAUAAUCAACCGAAACUAAAAGCUAAAAGAUUUGUUUUUUAUUCGUUAAUCAUGAACACGUUAACGAGUGACAAUGAUUUAUUCAAAACAUUGGUGUUAGAAAAUAUCUCGCCUCAAUGUCGUAACGAAAGUAAUUUUAAAACUGCUUACGAAAUAAAUCAAUUCGAAAAAAGUAAUAUCAUGGAAGCAUCUAUCAAUGAUUGUUCAUUGCAAGAAAUAUAUCAAACUAAAAGCGACAUUAUGGAAUGCAAUGUCGAAGAUUGUAAUAGUGUGUUGAACGUUAAUGAGCAAAUAAUUUCCUCUUUGUUAGAUUUAAAAAGACACAUAACCUCUGCUCUUCAGAAAUGUGAAAAAAAAUUGAUAGUGAUAGAAACAAGUUUACAGAAACAUUCAGGUGGAGAUGCAAAGAUUUUAAUUUGUAACGCUGGUAUACCAUACUUCAAAGAUAGAAAUUACUUUUUUCCACCUAAAAACGAAGAUGAAAUACUAAAAGAAAAUUGGAAAGAACUGCAGCUGAGAAACCUUCCCAAAGUCUGUUCAUGGACAAUUAAGGAAAGAAAUGUACUUCUAAAAGCGAUAAAAGAAGAAGCUAUAGCUGAUGUACUACGUUCUCAAAAGACAGAUUGUACGACGGUUGAUGGGCUGACAGUUAAAUCUAUUAUUAAGGUUGAAGAGGAGAGGAAAGAGGACAAAACGUUCCCACCUACAGAUUUCUCAGAAAUUGUUGGCCCGUUAGAAAAAAAAGAAUUUGAUUGGUUCAAAAUAUCGUCUAUUCAUUUUGACGAUAUACAUUCUCCGCUUGAUUGUCGUGUUAUGUGGAACGUUUUCCUUCAUCCUGAUAUCAACAAAAACGUUUGGCCAAAAUCGGAAGACGUUAAAUUGAAAGAAAUUGUAAAGAAACAUAAAUUUCAAAACUGGGACAAAAUUGCUAAAGAUUUGAGUACAAAUCGCACUGCGUAUCAAUGUUUUAUUAGAUACAACACGACUAAAAAGUUGCCUAAAGUUCAAAAUUACACAUGGAAAUCUGAAGAAGACGAGAGACUUUUAAAACUGGUCGAUAUAUUUAAAAUCGGUGAUUUUAUUCCCUGGGGUGAAGUGGCCAAUUGGAUAAAAAAUAGAACUAAACAACAAGUUUACUUCAGGUGGACGUACAGCUUGUCGCCUUAUUUAAUCAAAGGUAGAUUCACUAAAGCCGAAGAUAAACUUUUAAAAGAUGCUGUUAUUAAGUAUGGUACAAAUUUUCGUAAAAUAUCAGCUGCAUUAAUGCCUAAUAGAUCGACCGUUCAACUUCAUGAUCGUUAUGAAAUAUUAAUCUCCAAUCAAAUUGAAAAAAGGAAAGUAUGGACGUUUGCAGAAGAUUCAAAAUUGCUUGAUCUGUUUGCACGUUUUGGUCCAAAUUGGUCGAGAAUAGCUAAAGCAUUUUCAAGCAAAACUAGAACUCAGCUGAGACAUCGGCACACAGCUCUACAGAAGUACAUUAAAAGAGGCAUUUCUCUGCCUGAACUACAUAGAAAUCAGUUCCCUACUAUCAACAAAACCAGAAAUAAACAGAGGGAAGAGAUAUCUUACAAGGAUACACUUGAUCAAAUUAUGAAUCCAUCGAACGAACACAAUGACAAUAAUAUAGAUACAGAAUUAAUCAAGUAUUUUUAUACAAAACAAAAAGCAACGCUCGUUCAUAAGAAUAAGCUUUAUACUACCGAACAGUUAUCACACGAUACAAAAAAGUUGUACAGUAUUUUACAACAAUUACAUGCUAAACUUCGCAUACCCGAUAACAUCGCUAAUAUAAAAUUAACCGAUAAAGAUCAACAACUUUUAUAUUCAUUGAAAGAAUAUGCAAAGCUGAAGAGCGAUACGGAAAAACGCUUUCAAGUUAUAGAUGAAUGCAGUUUACGCAUGUUUGGAACAAAUCAUGAUAAACGAGAAGAUUCUCACUUUAUACCGCCACCUCCUUCUGAUUCGCAAAUAAAAUUGAAAUCAAGUAAAUCGGUCGAAAGUAAAUGCAUUGAUUACAAUUUAAAUACAAACGAUAAGUUUUUAGUUGACAAACCGGCAGAAAUGAGUACUCCAGAUUUUGUCAUUUCUCACAUUGGUGGUCACGAGCAACAGUUGCAGUUUCAAAAGUUAAAUCGGUUAUUUCAAGUUACCGAUGUCGCCGAUAAACAGUCUUACUUACGAAAUGCUUCUAUACGUCCAACCAAAAUAUUCUUGUUACAGCAAAAUAAUAAUAACUUGACCGAUAGAAGGGAUUCAAGUGGCAACGAUAAAUUAACAGAAAUCGGAACAAUGGUUCGUUCUGAAUGCAAUGAUACUGCUAUAUCCUUCGAAAGAAAAAGUGUCGAUGCUCGUAGGCACGUAAAGUUACAAAGCGAUUAUCACAGGAAAUCGCGCAUGGAAACCGUUAAAAAAAAUUACGCGUUAUUUACUAUGCCCGAAGAGAUUCGGUAUUCAUCGUCUACUUCCGAAACAGAGAUAACUACGGAAAAGGAUGUAUCCGUGAUAGAAGCAACCUAUGCAACCAUGUUGAGUUUCAAAAAUUUAAUACAUUUGAAACGAUUUAAUGAGAGUUAUAUCGGAUCGAAUCAAUUUUUGACGCAACAAUCGUAUAGGUUUCAGGAAGCGAUCAAAUUAUUGGAAACUCGUUUAGAACAACUAUUUCGUUAUCCGAUAGGUUUGUCAAAAACUGCAUUGCCAGAAGUUUAUGUAAUAGAUACCACGGAGAACACAAAUUCGAAUGGAAAAUCUUCCAAUGUAUCGAAAAUAAAAAAGUUACAAACAUUCGAUAAAAGUAAUAAAGAUGUAAGCUGAUAAAA